GGUAGAUUCUCAUGUGUGCUUCUGUAUUUAAUCUGUUGCAAUAUGUUGCCUGGGUCCAAGUAUAUGAACCUGGCCUUACGCAGAUAAGCAUAUUUCUCAUUUUAUGCAUAAAGUUCCUUUUCCAUCUCCUCAGAGACCACGGAUUUUAGUUCAGUUAUCACCACAUGAUAGUCUGAUCCUCAGUCAGCCUGUUUCUUCACCUCUUCCACUAAGUGGUGGUAAGUUUUCAACACUACUUCAGAAUUUAGGCCCUGAAAAUGCUGUGACACUACUGGUGUUUGCAGUAACCGAACAUAAGAUUCUCAUCCAUUCCUUACGGCCUUCAGUGCUUACUAGUGUGACAGAAGCAUUAGUGUCUAUGAUAUUCCCUUUCCACUGGCCAUGCCCAUAUGUUCCUCUCUGCCCACUGGCUUUAGCCGAUGUCCUGAGUGCACCAUGUCCAUUCAUAGUAGGAAUUGAUUCAAGAUACUUUGAUCUCUAUGACCCACCACCAGAUGUUAGUUGUGUUGAUCUAGAUACCAACACCAUUUCUCAAACUGGUGACAAGAAAAAUGUAGCCUGGAAGAUACUUCCAAAGAAGCCAUGUAAAAAUCUGAUGAACACACUGAAUAAUUUGUACCAGCAAUUGGCAAAAUUGCAGCAGAGACCAAGAGAUGAUGGACUAAUGGACUUAGCAAUGAAUGACUAUGAUUUUAAUUCUGGAAAGAGGUUACAUAUGAUUGAUUUGGAAAUCCAAGAGGCAUUUUUGUGUUUCAUGGCCUCUAUUUUAAAAGGUUAUAGAUCAUACUUAACACCAAUAACACAAGCCCCAUCUGAGACAGCCACAGAUGCAAGCUCUCUUUUUGCCCUACAAGCUUUCUUAAGAAGUCGAGACCGAUCACAUCAAAAAUUCUAUAACAUGAUGACCAAAACACAAAUGUUUAUUCGCUUCAUUGAGGAAUGUUCUUUUGUCAGUGAUAAAGAUGCAAGCCUGGCAUUCUUUGAUGACUGUGUAGAUAAAGUGGAUAUGGACAAAAGUGGUGAAAUGCGGCUUAUAGAACUGGAUGAAUCUUUCAAAAGUGAACAUACUGUUUUUGUAACACCACCUGAGAUCCCCCAUCUACCCAAUGGUGAAGAACCCCCUUUACAGUACAGCUAUAAUGGAUUUCCAGUUCUUAGGAACAGUUUAUUUGAGAGACCUGAUGGAUUUCUACAAACACAAAAGAGCAAAUUGCCUUCAAAAUCAAGUAGUCCUAGUAGUCCUUCUCCUAUGUUCAGAAGAACAAAACAGGAAAUUAAAUCAGCCCAUAAAAUUGCCAAACGGUACUCUUCCAUUCCUCAGAUGUGGUCUAGGUGUCUGCUGCGUCACUGUUACGGACUAUGGUUUAUUUGUCUCCCAGCUUAUGUGAAAGUAUGUCAUUCAAAAGUCAGGGCACUGAAAACAGCAUAUGAUGUGCUUAAAAAAAUGCAGUCAAAGAAGAUGGAUCCACCUGAUGAGGUGUGCUACCGCAUUCUUAUGCAGCUCUGUGGACAAUAUGAUCAGCCAGUGCUUGCAGUUCGAGUGCUUUUCGAAAUGCGGAAAGCUGGUAUUGACCCCAAUGCCAUUACUUAUGGUUAUUAUAAUAAGGCUGUUUUAGAAAGUACCUGGCCUUCACGAAGUCAUAAUGGCUAUUAUCUUUGGACAAAAUUAAGAAACGUUGUUUUAGGAGUAGCACAGUUCAAAAGAACUUUAAAGAAACAUGCACGCUUAUCACAAACAACUCUCUCAGCAGAUGGCAGUGACCUGGAUGCUGUUAGUCAUGGCAGCAUGGAUAGUGGUCAUGGGACACACACUGUGGAGCAGGCACCUUUUAAUACGGGUUUAAUCAAAGUAUAUGCUACUGAUGAUAGAUCUAGUACAGGUGGCCAGUCUGAUCUUGGAUAUAAUUCAUUAUCCAAAGAUGAAGUUAGAAGAGGAGAUAUAUCUACUGAAGACAUUCAAGAAGAAAAAGAUAAGAAAGGGAGUGAUUCUAGUUCCUUAUCAGAGAGUGAGAGUGCAAAAGGAAGUGCUGAUUGUCUUCCUAAGCUCAAUUAUCAAAGUUCUUCCAGUAUAGUUCGCCUCAGUGGUACAAAUAACAACAGUGCUGAUAAAAUAUCGGCAGAAGGCACAGAAAGCACAUCUGAGCCACUCUUAAUAUCAUCAUUUGAGAAUACAAAUGAAGCAGGAAACAUUCAAAGUAGAUGCUUCAGGAAAAGAGAUAAAAAUGGCAGUGAACCUAAUUUGCAGCAGCAAAUGUCCUGGGGAAAUAGAAACCGCAAUCAUAGUGGAGGAGUAAUGAUGGGACUUAUGCUCAAUAGAAUUAACCAGGAUGCAAACCCUGGAGAUAUGGUUGAAAAAUUAGGAGCUGAUGCAAAAAUUCUUUCACAUGUUAUCUCAAAAAGCAAAAGACCAAAUAGUCUUGAUAUUGGAAGUCCAUCUUUACGAUCAAAAAGAGAUAGUCUAGAAAAGGAAUCUAGUGAUGAUGACACACCUUUUGAUGGUUCUAAUUGUUUGGCAGAUAAAGUGGAUUCUCCAGUAAUUUUUGACUUAGAAGAUUUAGACAAUGAAACCUAUGGGUCAAAAAUGGGAUAUGUUGCCACACAAAAUCCCAAAAGGAUUCAACGUAUGAAUAGCAGCUUUUCAGUAAAACCUUUUGAAAAAACUGAUGUUGCAACAGGAUUUGAUCCCCUCUCUCUUUUGGUUGCUGAGACUGAGCAGCAGCAAAAAGAAGAGGAGGAAGAAGAUGAAGAUGAAACCAAAAGCGUUUCAACACCAUCUGCUAGGCGUGAUUUAGCUGAAGAAAUCGUGAUGUAUAUGAAUAACAUGACCAGUCCUCUGACAAGUCGGACACCAAGCAUUGAUUUACAACGGGCAUAUGAUGAUAAAUUAACUGAUAAGAAAAGUCCAACAUUGGUCAAGGCGUGUAGAAGAUCUAGCCUGCCUCCUAAUUCUCCUAGGCCAAUGAGACUUACCAAAUCUAAAAGUUAUACAAAAAAUGAAGACAGACCAAGGGAUAGACUCUGGUCUUCUCCUGCCUUCUCACCUUCUUGCCCAUUUAGGGAAGAAACUCAAGAUGCAUUUACCCAUUCAUCACCUUCAUUUAAUUUAGAUACACUACUAGUACCUAAACUGGAUGUUCUAAGGAACAGUAUGUUCACUGCUGGAAAAGGCGUUGCAGAGAAAGCAAGCAAAUGGUAUUCAAGGUUCACCAUGUAUACCGCAUCAUCUAAGGAUCAAAGUUCUGAUCGUACCAGUCUUUCUUCAGUGGGAGCCCAGGAUUCUGAAUCUACCUCUUUAACGGAUGAAGAUGCCGGCCCUGAGUUGGAAGGAGCCACUUCCUCCCAAGAGUGCAGUACUACCACAAGGACUAAGGGCAUUGAUUUCAGCAGAACAAGCCUAGGAAGUUCUGCCUCCCUAGAAGGAUCCCUGUCAAAGUUUGCCUUACCUGGGAAAUCAGAGGUGGCAUCUCCCUGCAACACAAGUAACACAAAUAUCUUCCAGAACUAUGCAAUGGAGUGCCAUUUUCUCCCACAGGUUCUCAUCUCAAGUUGCUCUCGGUGUAGAACUUGUGAUUGUCUUGUCCAUGAUGAAGAAAUCAUGGCUGGCUGGACAGCAGAUGAUUCAAAUCUCAAUACUACAUGCCCAUUUUGUGGCAAUCUUUUCUUGCCCUUUUUGAAUAUCGAGAUAAGAGAUUUAAGACGACCUGGAAGAUACUUUUUGAAGUCAAGUCCAUCUAUAGAAAAUAUGCAUUUUCCAUCCUUUUCAAGUCAGGGAAGGCAGUCUUGUAUCUCAACAUCAGCCUCUGGUCUUGACACAUCUGUUAUCUCUGUUCAAGGGAAUUUUGAUUUAAAUAGCAAAUCUAAACGGCUGGAAAAUACAUAUGCCCGAAGUAUUCCGAUCCCUGCUGAUAGAUCAAAAACAGCUCUAUCAAAAUGUCCAAUAUUUCCAAUGACCAGGAGUGUCAGUACUUCCGGUCCCUUGGAUAAGGAAGACACUGGAGGGCAGAAGCUAAUUCCUACAGGCAGCCUGCCAACUACUUUACAAGGAGCUACAGAUUCUUUAGGAUUAGAAUGGCACCUCCCAAGUCCAGAUCCUAUCACUGUCCCAUAUCUCAGUCCUUUAGUAGUAUGGAAGGAACUUGAAAGCUUACUGGAAAAUGAAGGCGAUCAUGCAAUAACAGUGGCAGACUUUGUGGAUCAUCAUCCAAUUGUUUUUUGGAACCUGGUGUGGUAUUUUAGACGUCUUGACUUGCCCAGUAACUUACCUGGAUUGAUUCUUUCUUCUGAGCAUUGUAACAAGUAUUCAAAGAUUCCCCGCCACUGUAUGUCUGAAGAUAGUAAAUAUGUUUUAAUACAAAUGUUAUGGGACAAUAUGAAAUUACAUCAGGAUCCAGGACAGCCCUUGUAUAUCCUCUGGAAUGCCCACAGUCAAAAUCGUACUCUUUUGUUUGAGACCCAUAAGUAUCCAAUGGUCCAUUUAUUACAAAAAGGUGAUAAUUCAUUUAGCCAGGAACUAUUGAAAAAUAUGGUAAAAAGCAUCAAAAUGAAUGAUGUCUAUGGACCAAUGAGUCAGAUUUUAGAGACACUGAAUAAAUGUCCUCAUUUUAAAAGACAGAGGAGUUUAUAUAGAGAAAUAUUAUUUCUCUCACUUGUGGCACUGGGAAGAGAAAAUAUUGAUAUAGAUGUAUUUGAUAAAGAAUACAAGAUGGCAUACGAUCGUCUCACACCUAGUCAAGUCAAGAAUACACACAACUGUGACAGACCGCCAAGUACAGGAGUGAUGGAAUGUCGAAAAACCUUUGGAGAACCUUAUCUUUAAGAUGUGUGUGUGUGUGUGUGUGUGUGUGUACUUUCAAUAUGUAUUGUAUAGUCUGUGUAUAAAAUAACACUUUUAGACUCUAAACUUUUCUUCUUCAAUUUUUGAAAAUGAAUUUGUAAAUGGUUCAGAAUGUCCAUAUAGCUCAUGUACAGAAUAUUUUAAGGAGAAUAGUGACCAAUAGGGAGAGAGCCACUUUGUUUCCCCUUUCCUUUUUUUCCUUUACUUUCCCUAUAACAAUCAGUUCGUUUUGUGAUGGGGAAAUCCCUAAACAAAAUUAGUUCCCAUAAAAUAAAACAACCUUUUCAUGGUUUCUCUUGUAAGAGACAUAUUGAAAACUCAUGUAUGAAACUUGAACUAAUGUAGUAUCUCCUGUUUUCAUAGACUAGUCAAAUGUUUUGACCAUGAAGUUGUAUUAUACAUAUUUUAAAUUGUUUAUAGUAAGUUGAUAUUUUUUUAAUUUUUAAACUUAAUAUAGCAAGCUUAAAAUGAACUUAAACUUAUAAAGCAAGCAAUUAAGUGCUUAUUUUCCUUGUCUGCUAUUUGAAGUAACUAGUACAGCUGCAGAUCUCUAUAUGUAAAUCUAUCUAUAUUUUUUUUAUUACUUGGGGGAAUGAUUAAAAAAAUGUCAGUGCUAGUGUCUGUGUUGUCCUGGAAUUGCAUGUUAGUACUCCUACGCCUAACGGCAGUGAGUGAGUCAUGACAAGGGUGUGCACUGCCCAGACUGACUCAUUGAGCCUUGUGGAAGGAGAGCCCCAGAGGUUCCAAGUCUGUUUCUGCAAAAUCAGGGUCAGUAUACCACAAUUCCAAAAUUUCUCUAUCGCUAAUAGAUACAUACAGUCCACAGGGGAAAUAGCUUACAAAGCCAAAUAUCAGUUUAAAUUUUAAUAUCUACAUAAAUAUUUAUGUUGGGAAAUAUGUCAGACAAUAUACUCUAUUCCAGAUUUUAACCUUAAUGUCUAAAAUAUUGGGUAUGAUGCAAAUUGUACUGUAUUUAUCGGGAAUAUGGCCUACUGGAGUUUUCAGUUAAUAUUAUAUACAGAUAUAAAUAUUCAAUUUUUUUUCAAAAGUAGAAAAGUAAUAACUCUCUAAAAGUAAAGUCAGAGAGAAUUUCCCAUAUUGAGGAAAUUGGCUUUUUCAAUAAGCCUUCAGAAUCUGAAGUUUAUGGAAUGUAAAGUCCAGAAAUCAGACAAUAAAUUGAAUAUUUAAGCAUCAUGAGUAGACUCUAAAAUAUAUUUUUAAUCUCAUUUCUAAUUUCACUUUCUUUGGGUAAUUCUGAUCAAAAGUAUUCUUUGGCUGUUAGAAUUAUUUAUAGAUUUUCAGUACGUGUGUAUGUUUGCAUACAUUGUCAUUAAGGAAGGAAUUCUCUAGCCAAUUUCAAAGAAAAAAAUGGGUGGUCCCAAUUUAUGUGUAUAAAGCCAGUAAAGUCCAGGACAUUUGGACUGGGGAUAACAUGAAGUCCUGAGACUUAGAAUCAGCUCAGCUACAGAAAACCACCUUUUGAGUUCACACUGUUAGUGAAUAUCACGAAGCUGAAACAUUUCACAGCUUUCUUCUACUCUGGAAAAUAACAGGAAGAGUUUAAAAAUGUAAAAUUUUAGUUCAGUUAGUUUGGGGCUGAACUUGCUUACUUGAAAAAUCUGGUGCUAUGCAUGUGUCUGCCUCUCCUUUGUAAAUACCACUCCAAUUUUGUCUUCUACUAUUCAAAUCCAAGCUUCACAUUCUGAGUCUUAUGUUUUCUACCUAAAUCAGUGGUCGCCAACCUUUUGGACCUCACAGACCACUGGUUGGCGACUGCUGUUCUAAAUCACUUGUAAGUUGUCUAGUGAGAAAUAUGUGAUAGGUGAGACUUUUGGCAUUGCCCACAACAUCCCUCCAAACAGGAUUCUGGGGUUCUAUUCUGGCUUUUGUUGUUGUCUGUUGGUUGGUUUGUUUCCCUUAUAAGAACAGCUUUCACUAUUGUUUACCUAUCUUUAACACAAUAUGAAUCACAGUUCUUUUAUUUCAAAUCUGACCCAAAACGGUGAGGUAAAGCCCAUUCUUCAUAGGUCAAACUUAUUUGGAAAAGUGAAUAUAAUUUGUAUCUCCUCCCCCCACACAUAGUUUUAUUUCUGCUUUUGGUUGGGUUUUGUUUCCCCUACUUUUAAUCCCCAAGGAAUAUUAUUUACACAAAUUUAGUCUUAAAACAUACUCUGAACCAUGAAAAGGAAGUGGUAAACUCUUCAAAACAAAAUUAAAAUAUGAUCAUCCUUUAAAAUAACUCUAUGCAUUCUUUCCUUCUGUUUUUUUCUCUGUUGACCAUACAUUUUGGAGAAUCAUGGCCAAUUGUGUUGGAGAGAAAUACCCUUUGCUACAUUACCUGUCUCUGAUUUUCUUACUCUUAGUUUUGUUAUAUGUUUAAUAGUUGAAAAUAAAUCAUUCUGUGUCCUGGUAUAACUUUACUACUUUUUUCAAUUGUGUUUUGAAUGUCACACACUUGUAUUUUAUAUCAUAUUUAGAUAUUCAGCUUUUCAUCCUAUUGUCAGGUAGGGAGUUGUGCAGCUUGUUCAUAUUCUGAUUUUUGUCUUUCGUGAUUGUUUGGAGGAUUUUUGUAUUUGUGUGUGUUGUUUUUGUGUGUUGUUGUUGUUGUUUGCUUUAAAACCCUAAAAUCACCUGCCUGUUUUAUUGUAAGAUUUUCUAAUAUGUCUUCCAUUUUUGUAUGUAGAGAAAUGAUCCCUGCAAAUGUUGGUUCAGCAUUUCAGGUGAUAAAUACUAAUUUUACUUUA